AAGAGGAGUAUAGAUUCGAAAGAGGAUGGAUGACAGUAGUGGUGAGCGGCAUGGCGAGGUGCGUGGCGAACGCCGAGCGGCUUCGUAAUUAACAAUCCAUUUUGUAUUCGGCUCACCUGAUCGCGACGUGUGCGGUCCGUGACGUCAUAAUUCGGGGCCCCUUCGAGGCGUACCGCCCCCUUAAUGCGGGCUCCGACACCUCGACUACGCGAUGCAGCACGCACUUUUCUCUCUCUCUCUCUCUCUCUCUUUCUCUUUCUCUUUCUCUUUCUCUUCCUUCGUUUCUUUCUCUUCUCGCGUAUUCCAGCGAGUCCUCGAGGGGCAAAAGAAGAGGAAGAAAAAGAAGAAGAAGAAGAAGAAGAAGAAGAGGAAGAAGAAGGAGAAGAAGAGGAGGAGGAGGAGAGACGAGGCAGAGGGAUAGGAGCUUCCUCUAACCUCUUCUCGGUGCCUGAAGAUGCCUGUGGAUGCGGUAUAUACACCUCGAAGGCGGCCAAGGGGGAUAUAAUGGCUUAGCCGGACUUCACACGAUGCCGACCGGUACACCGGCCCGGAGGAUGAUACAGACCUCAGACGGCGAGAGAAAGAGAAAGAGAGAGAGAGAGAGACAGAGAGAGAGAGAGAGAGAGAGAGAGAGAGAGAGAAAGAGUGAGAGGUAAGACGAGGAACGUCGAUAUACACGUAGAGAGAAGAGAAAGAAGGAAAAGAGAAAGACGGAAUAGGAACGGACCUCCGAGCAAGGUUCUCGAAUCGCGGAAAGAAUUGUAGCCAUCCUUCGAAAACCUCUCUCUCUCUCUCUCUCUCGAUCGAUCGAUCGAUCGAUCGAUCGAUUUAAUCUUAAAUCCUCUUAGAUUUUCUCUCAUGUAUCCAAGUAUCUACCAACUGAAAGUUUCUUGAAAUUUCUAUCGAGUCUCGCGGAGAAAACGAGUUUUCGCAUUAUUAUUUACGCUAGAUUACCGAUAUGUUUUUGAGAAGAGAGGAGAAAGAAUGAGCAAUAAGAAAGGAGAGGGCAUGAGAGGCGAUGCCGAGGCUGCUCUCGCGUGGAAGAGUCGGAGGGUGGAUCCUGUUACUCGGCUUUGUACGAGGCGGCCCCGUCUGACGGUGCCAGGCCGCGGGGGCCUUAUUUCAAGACCGUAUCGAAUCAGGCACGACAAUCGCCCUAAUAUCCACACGAAUGCCGUGCCAUGCUGCACAGCACCGCACCGCACCACACCGCAGUGCACCGCACCAUCGUACCGGGAGAACCUUCGAGGCGAGACGGAAAGAGCAAACCUCGUCUUUCUUCUCCUCUCUUCUCCUUCGAGUAAGAGAUCCCUCUUCCUCCUAUCGACGACUUCUUUACACCGUAAAAUAAGGUUAUUAGUCCCCAUAAUAUACGAUACCUUCGAAAUACGCUAUCCUUUUUUCUCUUCCCUUUGGCUUUGUACUUUUUUAGACAGAGUAUCAAAAAUAUCGUAGAACGAACGAAGCCAAUUUAGAUUCUCUCAAAUUUUUCUACCGGGGAUGUUUGAAAAGGAAAAGAAAGAAUCGUUUAGGAGAGUAAUGGGGGCCACUCCGGUGGGCCCUCUCGCGACCCUUCUCGCGGUCCACGCGGCUCGUUUUACCUAACGCGAAUAAGCGCGGUCGUUACGACGUUUGCGUUGGCAUUUAAUUGUUUGCCCUUUUCCUUUCGAAACCCGAACGUAGUUCCCUCUCUCUCUCGCUCUCUCUUCGUCUUUUCGAAGACCCUUUUUUUCUGUCCUCUUUUUCGUCAUUCUUUCGUCGCCACCGAGAUUACGGAUGGAUUAUGUCGAGUAAUAAAAUAAUUUUAUUUUUGUUUGCGAAAGGUAUUACGUGAGAUUACAAAUGUUUAGAGCUCUCACGGAUCGAAAAGAUCUAGUCCCUUUUAGUCGGCGCAAGGUACUUUUUUUUUUUUCUUUCUUUCCUUCUUUUCUCUUCUUUUUCUUGCGAAUAUUUUCCUUCUAAACGAGAACGGCCCCUCGAAAUAAGUCUGUUCGUAUUCUCGAAUAAAUACUUAUCGCUUAAAGUUUUGCGUAGAUAUAUUAAACUCUUUUAUUAACGUUUCUUAAUUUGACGUAUCAACGCAAAGAGGGAGUCGAACGUAAGUUCUUUUAAAAGUUAGUAUAAAACUGGUUUAAAACGUUAUUUUAUCUUAAUUAGCGCGGUCUACGCUUUCUCUUUGAUCGCGUUCGGCCCUCGCAAGACGGCCUCGACAGACUUUAUAGGUUCCGGAAGAAAAGGUCGAUGCGCAUCGCGUUACGCCGAGACACGGCCGAUAAACGGAUUAACAACUUUGGAUCUAAUUGCUUGCUGGGAACCGAUUGUAAAAGAUAUUUGGUCGGUCGGUUGGUUGGUCGGUUGGUCGGUUGGUUGGUCGGUUGGUCGGUUGGUCGAUCGGUCGGUCGGUCGGUCGGUCGGUCGGUCGGCCAGUAUUGCUGCCAUCAUCGCCGAGAUUGGGAUAGUACACGCCCAUACGCAUAUAUCCUAUGUAUAUAGGCAUUUUAAUAAUAUAGAAAUUAGAGGCGCACAUAAGGUAUCUUGGCAAGCUUAUCUUUCCGUUCGUCGAGAAACCAUCGGCUUUCAACCUGUCGCGAAGAAAGAACCUGCCUGUGUUUACUCACCUUUUCUUCGGAGUUCCAAUCGCUUUACGGUCCUAAUCGUUACUUCCGCAUAGUACACCGCGAUCGGCCCGCCCUUUCCUUCUCCUCGUCCCCAAACGCGUAUCCUUAUCGGUUUUGUUAUCGCCACUAAUGCCAUACCGGCAAUAGCUUUAGGAAUUUUCAACGAUAUGACCGACUACCUUAGCUCGUUUUCUACGUUACGUAGACUCUUGGCUUCGACCGAGAUACCUUUCUCAGGACCUUUUUUUUUUUUUUUUUUUUAUUAUUAUUAUUUUUAUCGUAAAUCCCGGCCGUUGGUUGUGACAUUUUUUCGAUUCCAAUCGUUCUAGUCGUUAUACGAUCUUGUCUACGCACUUAGUCUUAUCGUCGAUCUAUAAGUUCCGAAUUACCAAACGUGAAAAGACGAAGUAGACAAAGAAGAAGUAGAAGAAGAGGAAGAGCAAGAGAGAGAGAGAGAGAGGGAGAGAGAGAGAGAGAGAGAGAGAGAGAGAGAGAAGAAAGGCGUUUGCUAAAAUCGCUAAAAUCGUUAAAAAUGAAAAGGCAGAGAUUUCGUCUUCUUUUCUCGAGCCCAUCAGAAGCGGGUCUGAGUCCAGGGCGGCGUUAUAAUUUGAGGCGGUUUCAGGGAGGUCCCGGGCUUCGGUACCCGGGCUCACGAAGCCUGGGGCAGCAGCCGAGUUCAAUGAAGUCAUCAGCUAGCCCGGCCCGUGGCGGUCUGUUAUUAUACCGUGGUACCGCGCCACCGUACUCCUUUCGAAUCUACCUCUCUGCCUCGACUUGGUGCUACCUCUGCCUCCACCUCCGUUCCUCUCGAGCACGCUUCUCUACGUAACUUUGACCGAAUCAAUUGAUCGAUUUAAAAGAAAGAAAAAAAAAGAAAAAAAAAACAAAAAAAACAAAAAAGAAAAAGAACGAGCGAUAAUCGAACUACUCGAAUAGAGCUACUUGACUUUACUAUCGCGACUAUAUCUUUAUUGUGCUUUCUCUCGCACAAUAUUACGAGAGGUUAGCGAAGAGAGGAAAAAAGAAAAAAAGGAGAAAUUAAUAGCUUCGCUCUCGACAGUUGUUAACGUUUCGAAUUAUUCGAUACAUUUCUAGAGGAUAUCGAGUACUCGUAUUUUCUCCAUUUUUCUCGCUCACGAACCGUGCCGUAGGAUAAUAGCGCUAUUUACAAGCACGACCCUCUCGUUUCGUUUUCUCCAUUCCCAUUGUAAUAUCACGCGUGUACGUUCUCCAUAUCGGCGGAGUCGCCGGAGAACGUGGAAGUCGUCGUAAAGUCGGCACGGUGCAAUGCUAACUCGCAUAAUGCACCAUACUCGGCUUGUCCUUUCGUCCUUUUCACGACGUAUUCCGAGCGCACGGUCACCUUUCCCCUUUCGUUAACAUCGUUCGCCGCUCCUAAGACGAUCCAUCUCGCUAAAAGCUGUGUGAACUUUAUGAACCACGACGGAAUCCGGCCGUUUCUCGACAACAACGACAACAACGACGCAGUCCGGUCGUAGCGUCGACGUAAAGUCGCGAUCGUGUACCGUUCCUUCUUCUGUCUCGAAAAAAAGGACGAAGGGGCGACGGGACGACAGAGAGACGCAAUAAUACGUAGAGGAGAAACUUAAAGCGUACUUGGUACAGGUCGAUGCAAAAAGGAACGUAUCUUGAUCGAUGGAAAAAGUUGAUAGAGACGACGUAACGCGAAAGGCCGUUAUUUAUCCACGGGAAACAUUCUUCUCGUUCGGGAUCUCCCUGUCGUAAUCUGCUGCACCGUUUCAUUUCACGAAGGCGAGUCCAAACGCUGCUGCUCGAGAGACACGCAUGGGCUCGCACUUAUGCAAGAUCCUGUAAGAUCGGGAAUCGUGGCAGUAAUAAUCGAGAAAGAGAGGAGAAACGGCGACGACGCGCCGAGGACGACAAGUGGAGAACGCGAGGGGUCUAACUCGAUCGGCUCGGCCGGUUAGCCUCCUUACCCUUUUCUUCGAUUCUCGAUCCGUUGGUAUGGCGAAACAUAUCGACGUCUCCUAUAUGGUUGGAUCUUAUGGGAAAUAGAAAGUAGCCACGCAGCGCGCGCGCGCGCGCGGUGUACCUACGUUUAGCCUACGUGAAAUUUACGAGCGUACUGUCUCGUAAUUACCAUUGUGGAAACUCGCUAGAGAAAGACGAGUGCAUCAGACGCGUAGCGAGCGAGCGAGCGAGCGAGCGAACGAACGAACGAACGAACGAACGAACGAACGAACGAACGAACGAACGAACGAACGGAGGAAGAAAGAAAGAGAAUGCGCCGCCGUGUGAAUCGUCUUAAGGCCAGCUCGUAACUGGCGUGUAAUUGCAACGGCGCGUUUACUCGGGCAUCCGUUUACUCACUUUGAUCGCAAAAGCAAAAUUGCGAAUGUUCGAGAGAGAGAGAGAGAGAGAGAGGUUCGGGAUCGGUUCGGAUUUGCCGCGCUUAUUAACCGUAGAAACGGCAGGCAAGCUUCUGCCCGUAUUGCCGUAGAGCGUCGUCGCUUAGACCGAUCGGUAUCUCCCGUCGAAUUAACGACGUUGCCUCCGUAAUUUCGAAACCUCCGGAGAGGAGCAUCGCCUUCGGAUAAUUGGGGAGAAAUAGACGAUAGUCCUCGCUGUUUUCUCGACCAUCCGUGAAAAUUGCACCACCGUAUUUCGAUAUUCGCUACGGUUAAGAGCACCGUUACCUAUGCCCAUCCUUCUUCUUUCGCUUAUUCCCCGAACAAAGUUCGAAACCUCCGAGAGAGACUCUCAAUUUAGGUAUUUUCGAGACGAUCGGACGAGAUCUUUUUCGGCGGGACAAAAAGUUUGACGUCUCGAACGAGUUUCUGUCUCCGAUGUCUCUGGCCGGUUGGCUCCUCCGAGAUAGCCUCUUUCGAUGGAAUGCAUCGUCCGUUUACAACAUCGACGAUAGACGAAUGCAAAAUUCCUCGAGUAUAUCGUAAGGUGGAUGACGAGAGGAGGCGUAAUAAAUCGAGGAAACGUCAAGACGAAAGGCCCGGUAGAAAAAGGGCUCCAUCUUGGAGGAGCGUCGUUCUUUCUUCGUCGUGGGACCGAUGACACGGCCUCGGUCCCAACCGGCAGGAUUUUCGGCUACUCGGUCACGAGUUGCAGGCCGCGCUUCGCUUCGCGAGACGACGGCCUUGCCUCGCGAGAUCCCUCGCAAAAAGCGCCGUCCCCCCUUCUUUCUGUUCGACCGUUCGUCCGCACGGACCCCUCCCCCAACCUCACCGUUCCUCUACGGCGUUCCUCCGUGGAUUCGUAGCGGCGCAGGGUCAAGGAGAUUCGAGAGGGAGGGAGGGAGCGAGCGAGCGAGCGAGAAAGACCCAAGGCGCGGCAUAUCAUCGCGCUAUUUCGCGGAGACGAGCAAAGUCGAUAGCACACCGCGCGUUGUUGCGUCGUCGAGUCUGUCCGAAGCGCGUAGGUUCGGAUAGUAGGAGGAGCGAAGAAGGCCGCGGCGGCGGUGGCUGCUGCAGGUUCGAGCAGGUUCUCAGGAAUUCACGACUCAUGCGGCGACCGGGUGUUCGAGUGAAACGUAUAAUGGCAUUUAACGAAGAAGAAUCGAGGUAGCAGAUCCAUCGAGCUCGCUCGAAAUUGCUUGCUCAGGCUAAUGUCGAAAUGAGGGACGUCGAUGUCGGGUAUUGUUCCAACACCCUUCCCAUUCCGUCUGUGGGACGCCGCGUGGGAACACGCCCGCUUUCUUCCUCCUUCCAUUAUCUCUCUUCCUUCUCGCGAUGACCGAUUCUCGUUGGAUAGGUCGCAAUUCGAAAUUCCUAGCACGAACUAGACGAGAGUAACGGAUGAGAGUAAACGCGCGUUAAGGAAAAAGUCACGGAGAGAAACUUUAAAAAGUAUGUGGGAGAGGAGAGGAGAGGAGAGAAAAAGAGGGCUUAGGGAUCUCGGAAAGAAUGGUGUAGUGGGCUUGGAAUAGUUCCAUCUCCUCGUCUCUGAAAACUGGUCUGGCAAACUCUCUCGGACCAGGGAACGGAGAAGAGUCGGAGGAGCUGCAUUCCCCGGUAAUUAGUCUCACCCAUAAAUUACUGGCUAUUCCGUGUUUCUGUCGGUCGCGAGUCGGCAAUACGAUUCGUCCAUGGUAUCCCUGUCGUAUACCUCGUCAUCCCUCUUACCGCUAAAUUUCUCCUACGUCUCGCGGAAUCGAGAAAGAGAUCGAGAGCUUCGCCGCGAUCCCGCGGUACGGUCGGUCGAGGUUUCCUCUCUCUCUCUCUCUCUCUCUCUCUCUCUCUCUCUCUCUCUCUCUCUCGGGGGGCGCCCGAAGAAAGGAACCCGCUGCUAAAUGAGCUUUAAUGCGGCCCCCCCGCUGGAACCUCCCUAGCCAGGACGACUCUCGACGAAACAUAUCUCUUAUUCCUUAUUCUCUUUCAUCGUCGCUAUUAUCGCUUCUUUUUCUUUAUGUACGCUUAUAAUCAUAUAUACCACCACUUUUACCACGACCGCUUAUUACCGUUGUCAUUUUCUAUUUUCUUCGUAGCCGCCCGAUGAUGAAUUUAAAAAAGAUAGAUGGAUUUUCUUCGAUUGAAAGGGGAAAUGAGUCUGACGAGUAAUCGGCCUACUUUUUCCGUCAGUUAGAUUUUGGCUAUCGCAGAAUCUUUUCUAUUUUCGAAAAAAGGACAUUGGGCUGAUGUCGUCGAGAGGGGAAGAGAUCGUGUGCGGUGCGCCGUGGUACGGUACGUGAUUCGGUUGCGGCUCGACGCCGCCGCGCGGCGCUCACCUGCCUCUCUCUUCUUCGUAGCUCGGAACAGUCUCGCACCGAGAGCGAUCGCGCGCUCCUCUCUCUCUCUCUCUCUCUCUCCCCCUCCCUCUCCCUCUCCCUCCCCCUCUCCCUCUCGCUCGUUCUUUUUUCCCUCUCUCCUUCCAGCGGUAAAUGCGUCUUUCCAUCUCCGUAAGAACACGUACGAUGCACGUGCCGUCGUAUCUGACCCGUUCCAUCCUUUUGCCCGAUUUUUCUUUCGAUUCUUUAUAAAUUUUAUUUCGAAAAGUGGCGGAUUCUCUCUUACUCUCGAUCGCGUUUUCGAAAAAAAUCCAAACGUACGAUCGGUUUCGUUGCCUCUCUUCUUCCGCACUGUUCUUCUUCUUCUGCGUCGUCGUGACGAUGGUGGCCGUGGCGAGAUGGUGGCGGCGUGUCUUCUGGGGAAGAAGGCUAGGAAGAAGAAGCGGAGGAGAAAGAAGAAGGAAGAGGAGGAGGAGGAGGAAGAAGUUGGACGAAUGGUGGGGGCAACUCUUCUCUACUCCCCAGAACUCGGUUGGUGGGGGUAAGGCAACACUCAAAGAUCGUGGUGACGUAGUUCUGGCAGGAACGCGACGCGUUUUUGUCCCCGCCGGAAGAAAAGACCGUUUUAUUACGAUCCGUUUUACUACGACUGCCUGCCUCUUCUCGCGCUCUUCGCGGUGGUGGCCGGUGUCUUUGGGAGAGCCAGAAACAGAGAGAGAGAAACAGAGCGAGAGAGAGAGAGAGAGAGAGAGAGAGAGAGAGAGAGCACGACGCAGAGGGAGGGUGCGAAGGAAGAGAAACGAGUCCUUCCUCGAGUAGGGUGGGGAUACGGGAGGAGAGAGGGCAAGUGACUUCCACGAGACCGGAAGUCCAACUUCUUCCGGAUCGUUCUCCGAAUCGCGCGAAUCGAUCCUUCUCGCGAUCCGGAAGAUCCGCGUCUUCCGAACGGAGACGGAUCGUUUCGUUCGCGGGGAUAAACGAAAAGAGAGGGGGAUCCCGUCAUGAAGCUUUCGUCCUUUUCCGUCUCUCUCGACUUAGUAGUCUUUCCGUCCUUUCUAUACUUCUUUUCGCCCGCGAAGUCAGAGAAAAGAGCAUCGAAGCGACUUGCUGAUUUCAACUCGAGAGCUUUCGUCGUCGUAUGAAGAAAAAAAGAAAAAGUCACAAAUAGAAUUGGAAAGUUCGCCGAGGAGUGUUCGAGAUCGCGUUCGACGGUGAAAGGUGCUCGCUAUUCCUUCGAAGGGAAUUGGUGCCCGCCAAAGAACCCAAGGAGUUUGAAAAGAGGGCCAGAGGGGACGGAGAUGCGCCCCGUUCUCCUGGUGAUCUGCCUCCUCCUCGUCACCCCGAUUACCACCGGAUCGUUUUGGACGGUAGGAAGUCAGAUGGUGAUGGAUCCGAUGUUAGUUUGCAAGAAAACGAGAAGAUUGAAAGGAAAGCUCGCCGACAUUUGCCGAAAGGAGCCGUCCUUAUUGAAGGAGAUCGCAAAAGGCGUUCAAGUCGGUACGAGAGAAUGUCAACACCAGUUUAGAAAUCGCAGAUGGAAUUGUACGACGAUACGGCGAUCUCUGAGAAAAAUUCUUUUACGCGAUACCAGGGAGACUGGCUUCGUGAACGCCAUCACCGCCGCUGGAGUUACUUAUGCGGUUACCAGGGCCUGUACCAUGGGUGACCUUGUGGAAUGUUCAUGCGAUAAGAUGACGACGAAGGGCAAUCGACUGGGCAAACUCGCGCUGACGGCGGACGUAAAGAAGAACCUUCUUACCGAGGGCGAAUGGGAAUGGGGCGGAUGCGGGGACAACGUUAAUUUUGGCUUUCGAAAGUCGAAGGAUUUCAUGGACGCGCCGUAUAGAAAACGUAGCGACAUCAAGACUCUGGUGAAGCUUCACAACAAUGCCGCGGGACGUUUGGCGGUGAGGAAUUUCAUGACGAUCGAGUGCAAGUGCCACGGGCUGUCGGGCUCGUGCAGCGUGCGCACCUGCUGGCGAAAGAUGCCGUCCUUUCGCGAGGUCGGCGAUCGUCUGAAGGAGUCGUUCGACGGGGCGGCGAAGGUGAUACCGAGCAACGACGGGCACAGCUUCAUCACCGAGGGUCCGACCAUCAAGCCACCCGGUAGAUUCGAUCUGAUUUAUAGCGAGGACUCGCCGGAUUUCUGCAAGCCGAAUCGGAAGACCGGAUCUCUCGGUACUGUCGGCCGGCGAUGCAAUUCCUCCAGUCCUGGCGUCGAAGGUUGCGAGCUACUCUGUUGCGGCAGGGGCUACGACACGAGGAUAGUCAAGGAGAAGGUCAAUUGUCAGUGCAGGUUCAGAUAUUGUUGCGAGGUCACUUGCGAGACCUGUCUCGUAAAGACCACCGUCAACACUUGUCGUUGACCCUUUAUACUCUUAUAACGUUUUUACUCUUUUAUUUUGCAAAAGUUUCGAGAACGUGCGCACCCCCUAUAUUUAUACGCUCGAUAUUAAUGUAAAUGAUAUUAAAAAAAGAGGCGCGUUGCGAGCGACGCGUUGACUCGCGCUUCGUCUCAUGUACCGAUCGAUUAACGUCCCCGUUUAUAUCCAAGCGUCUUGUGAUUUAUAUUUUAUCUUAGUACAUACCAUUUAAGUAUAGAAAAGUAUUCAUGUACCGAUGCCUAUUCGAUAAAACGUUAACGAGAUGUAAAUAGUAGCAAGGUUCUCACGGUCUCCUUAAGGAUUAAUUCUUAAGUAUAAUCGACGUUUCUCCUUGGUACCGUUGCAAUUAUUUUUAACAACAUCGCCUUGCGAUUAGUUUUAUUAUCGACGUAGACGGGAAGGUAACGUUCAUUCUUUUUAGCUUACCAUUAGCGUUAAUGAAAGAGGUCGUUAAUUUUUUCACUUAAAGCUUUCCGCGUAUCUCCAGCGUUUCUUUUCCAUAGGUAUAUGCUCACACUUACUCGACUCACUCGAGUUGUAUAUACCUACGCGCACACGCACACGCACACGCACACGCACACGCACACACACACAUAUGUAUGUAUGAAUGCACACUUUUUCUCCUCUAAGUAUAUUAUCACCUUGAGUUUAAUAUUUUGCUGAAAUAAUAUAAGGACACUUAUCCGUUUCAACCUUUAUCAGUCGAUUUACCUUUCUCCUUCUCAAUCGGCGAGCGAAAUAGAUGGAGUCAAUUUCUUUAUCGCUCUUAUCUCUUUUACUCUUGUACAUAAGACUGAUACAGUUCAUGCAUAACAGAUUACGUUCACGCGCUUACGUAGUCGCUAAUGUGACUCGUCGGCUAUCAGCUAUUACAUGCGAUACAAGCGAUAGGUAAACUUUUUUUUUCUUUUUUCUUCCUCUUUAACUGGUGUACCGCGCAUUUCAACACGAUUGGACGAAGCGUAGAUUAAAAUACAGACGCAUAGUUAAACUUUGA